AUGUCUGGUAAACCGCCGACCCCUGGUGAAGGCACCGCAAACAAAUCUGGAGGAUACCGCGGGUCCGGGCGUGGCAACUGGCGCGGACGCGGCCGUGGAGACAGUCGUCGCGAUAGACCUGCGAAACACGGCGGAGGCAGUACUCAGGAUGGUGCGCAGGAGGAUCCAAGUGCCCCUGUACGAGAGAAGUACGAGUCAAAGCCUCCGUUGACACACUUUCUCGCACUGCCUCUGGGCCACCACGCCGACCUGCGCGAGCGCGUGUCCGCCUUCACGCGCUCGCUGCUCGACAGCGCGCCCGCGAUCCCGGGGCUCGAUGAAUCCGUCGUCAUCUCCCCACGCAGGCUGCACAUCACGCUCGGGGUCAUGUCCCUCAGCGACGCCUUACCCGACGCCUUGCCUUCCAGAUCAGGCCCUGCUUCCACCCAGGCUGGAGAGAGCGCAUCCGGGACCCCGCGCACGGUCGCCGCAGCCCUCGCGCUCCUGCGCGAACUGCGGCCGCGCGUGCAGGCGCUGCUCGCGGGCGCACCGCUCCGUGUCGCGCUGCGGCACGUCGACAUCAUGCGCCCUGACAGGGGCGACCCCGAGCGCGCGCACGUCAUGUGGGCGGGCCCAUCGCUCGAUAGCGAAGACGCGCGUCACUUGAAGCGCGUCGCAGAGUUUGUGAACGGGGAGUUCAGGAAGGCGGGGCUCGUCGUUAACGAGAGGCGACCCCUCAAGUUGCACUGUACGAUCCUGAACACAGUUUAUCGACGCCCUAAACCUAGAGGUCCGCGGGUGCCAUUCUCGUACACCGCUGUCCUCUCGUCGCCGGCCUUCGAGGCUAUCAAGGUCCAGAACCAAGGCGUGGCUGCUGAAGCCACAGUAAAAGAAGCAGAUAUUUCUGUUCCCGAGCUCACAGAGGCAGCUGCAGAAGUGUCAGUAACUGCAAUGCAAAGGCGAAACGAUAGGCGGAAAUCUGUCGAGGUAGGCCUUGGAGAAUACACCAUCGAUGAGAUUCAAGUCUGCAAGAUGGGCAGCUGGGGCCCCGAAGGCGAAUACGUUUGCGUUGGCAGUAUCGCUCUCGACUGA